AUGCAGCCGAAAUGGUCAUCAUCUUCUUCAUCAACCUCUGCCAAGCUCAAAACUCUAUUCCUAAAUCUCAUUACCGAUAUAGCAAAAAAGAGAGACAUCAUCAACGAUAUACCAAAAAAGAAGAAGCUCAUCAAAGACUCACUUUACCGUAUCUUACAGUCUCUCUCAAGCGCCAAAUCCAUUAUGAAAGGCGUAUCUAAACUCAACAAGAAGAGGUUACACAGGAUGAUGUUUCACCCAACAACAAAGUCAUCCAAAAAAAACCAUAGCAACAGGUUCUUCCUUGAAUCCUCUACCGUUGUCGACCCUUUCUCUUUCUCUCUUCGUGGUUAUGAAGAUGAUGAUUAUCAUAAUCAUGAUCGUUACCUCGAGUGGGUGGAAGAGAAGGUUGAUGAUAAGCAUAACAACAUUGAUGAUGAUCAUACUGUUGAGAAUGAGGAGAGAGAUGUCGAUGAUGAUGAUGAUGAUGAUGAUAUUAAUCGUUUGGCUGAUAGGUUCAUCGCGAAGUGUCAUGAGAGGUUCAUGUUGGAGAAGGUUGAAUCUUUCAGGGAGUACGAAGAAAUGUUGUUGAGAGGUUUGUGAG